UACUUUGAUUGAACAGCUGUGUCGCAUUCAACUCAUACGUAGAAUGUAUGCACACAUGACUGUAAGUCGCUUUGGAUAAAAGCGUCUGCUAAAAUGGCAUAUAUAUAUAUAUAUAUAACUCACUCGAAUCCCGAAUGACGUUAAGGAAGAGAAGUCUAUGAAUGUCAAUCUCGGGACCGUUGGUUUAUCCAAAGGAGAGACAUUAUUUGUGGGCUGCAUUUCGCAAAAGCGAACUCUUGUUUUUUUUUUGUUUAAUCAGUGAAGCUUCAUAGGCUAUCCAUAUCCCCAACGGCUGCUGCUGCCCAACUGCUGGCGCCAGGCUGAAGUGGAAUGCGCACUAGUAUUGUCCUGCCGCACAUCCACUGCGCACUGCAUCUCCGCGAGUCAACAGUAGACAAGUGGAGAGCAACGCGGGAGAAACAAUAUUGUAAGGAAACGAGCGCUUUCCUCGACGAGACUUCUUUGUGAAGUUUCUUUUUCUGCCGGCGGCGCCCCCUGCAGUUGUGGAUGUGGUAUGACCCUGUGUGGCAGGAAGGUGUUGACGGUGCUGAGCAGCGUGUUCGCUGUGUGUGCCCUGGGCCUGCUGGGCGUCGCUGUCAGUACUGACUACUGGCUCUAUCUGGAGGAGGGCGUCAUCCUGCCCCUCAACCAGAGUACCGAGUUACGCAUGUCCCUGCACUCAGGCCUCUGGCGGGUCUGCUUCACAGCUGCGACGGCAGCUUUCAAAGUGUUUCCGAGCAGUAAACCAGGUGAUGAGAAGGGCCGUUGUUUCACCGUUCAGUAUGUGAUGCCCACCAACGUGCAGCUGACCUCUGAGUCUACAGUUAGUGUGCUGAAGAUGAUCCGUUCAGCCACUCCCUUCCCCCUGGUGAGUCUCUUCUUCUUGUUCAUCGGUUUUGUCCUGAGUAACGUCGGACACAUCCGGCCCCACCGCACCAUCCUGGCCUUCAUCUCCGGAAUCUUCUUCAUCCUCUCAGGUCUGUCUCUGGUGGUGGGCCUGGUGUUGUACAUCUCCAGUAUUAAUGAUGAGAUGUUGAACAGGACCAAGACCAACGAGGCCUACUUCAGCUACCAGUACGGCUGGUCCUUCGCGUUCGCUGCCAUCUCCUUCCUGCUCACUGAGACGGCCGGCGUCAUGUCCGUCUACCUGUUCAUGAAGCGCUACACGGCCGAGGAGAUGUACAGACCCCACCCGGGCUUAUACGGGCCGCGCCACAGCAACUGCUCCGACUACUCUGGUCAGUUCCUGCACCCGGACACCUGGAAUCAGCGCGGCCGCAGCCCCUCCAGCAUCUCCAGCGAAGCCUCGCUCCAGAUGAACCACUCCCUCCACUCCAACUACCCAGCGCUCCUCAAGUGUCCCGAGUACGACCGCAUGUCCUCCUCCCCAUGCUGAGGCCCGCGUGAAGCCCUGGAGCCUGGGCGGCGGGUUGCUCACACAUCCCCAGGAAGGGAGAGUCUGGCUGGGUUGCUGAGGUGGUAGACUAGGUUGGUUGGUCUAGAGGGUGGCGCCUAGGUUGCGUUUUGCGAGGGGGGGGGGGUGCGUAUCUUUUUCCACGUGUGUGACAGCCUAUUUUGAAGUCAUCUUGUAGUGCACUUUUCCCGAGUUUUGACACAUUUGUGAGAUGACGACCCCCACAGCCGACCUUCCCUCUCUGGUUUUACUCAAAGUACAGUAGAAGUAGUGAUUCUCAAUCAGACCUUGUUCACCUUCGCCAUACAGCACGUUCUCCAUCUUGGUAAGUAUAUAUAAGCCGAUAUCUCCCCGGUAACCCAAAUAGGACUUCUGUCAACUGUAUAACUUGUCAGAUAAUAUGAUACCAUAAGCGGGGAGAUUGAAAGUGAAAGGUUGUCCUCUCUUUUAUUAUUUUAUCUUGAUUCUAUUUAUUAUGACUGUGGUUUAAUCAUACUUCCAGAGAAAUACUUGUUUAUUACAAGUAUUUUUUUUAUCAAUUUGACUCUUUUUUUUCAUCGUCCAUCUCACGCUCAAACACUGUUGUACUGUCAACGAAGACACACAGAUAAGUGUUUUAUUUAAAAAAAAAAUAAUGGAAAGAAACCAGGAAGCUACUCAAGGGAUGAUGAAGCUAAAGGAGAGAGAGAGAGAAAAGAGAAUAGUGUGUAGACAAUAGUGUGACCAUCAGAUAUGGAGAGCCAGUUUGAACGUAAUGUAGCUGAUGAAGAAUGCAGAGUUGAUCUAAGCUAGUCCUGAUUUUACUGUUAGUAGUGCACCAGGCACAUAUACGCUUCUGGUCAAACGUUUUCGAACACCUACUUAUUCAAGGUAUUUUUUUUUUCUUACAAUUUUCCAAAUUGGAGAAUAAUAGUGAAGACUUUAAAACUAUGAAAUAACACAUCUGGAUUCAUGUUGUAACCAAA